GGAACAAAUUACUCGAGGAUGGCAUUAGAACAAAAUAUCACCAAAAGUCAUGCGAGGAGAAUCAUUCGCCGGAAAGUGCGUGCAAGAAUGUCGUUAAAAUGCCGAAACAGCACGUUUUUUCUGUGUUUUUGUGUGAAAAAAACUCUAAAUAUACAAUUGUUUUACUUAAUCGAUAUUUUCCAUAUUCAGACAAUAACAAUUUUUCACCUUAAAUAAAUUUUGAUAGUGUGAGGAUAAGUGUCUGCGUCGUUUGCAUUUAUAUUUAAAUACCAAAUUCCAGGCGAUAAGACGGCAAUAAUUUGUGAAAGGGUCAUUAUUUUUCGAAAACUUGACGUCAGUUGCAUCCUGAUUGCAGUUGGUGUUGGAAUUGAGUCACCUUUGAGUCCUCUUAGUCAAGAGCAAAAAGUAAAAUCCGAUUGUGUGCAAAUGCAAAAAUCGUGCACUUUGCUUGUAGCUAAUUAAUCUUCAUUGUGUGCGCGAACUGGUUUAGUGCUUUAAUUGAUUAGCGACGAGUCUAGUUCUAGUUUUUUCUUUAAUUUUCUGUCGUUAUGUCACUUUCCUAUAUACAUAGUUUUCCUUUUGCGUGUCCAGAAAUUUCGAGCGAGCAGUCCAUUUUAGUAACCUUUAAAGGUUAAUGAAUGCUCUACAGACCUUGAAAUAAAUAUUCCCACUUUUGAGUCGAAUUAAAAUGCGAAUUAUUAAAAGAGCGUUCACACCUGGUGAAGAAUUUUUAAUGAAGUUGUUUGUAACGAAAACAAAAUCUGUUUUUGUUUCGCGCUACGGUUUCGGGUUGGUUGGCGAGUGAAAGCGAAACAAUUAGGGCACCACCAGGGGUUGUUACCCUCUUCCGGCACUGGGUCAAGGCUACCCAGCCGGUGCUAAUUGAUCCCGAUAUCCGAUAUUGGGGUCAUUUGAGCGGCGCGGCAACGUCGCAGGAAUCACCACCAGAACAAUGGUAACAAGGCUUUAACCGGAAGUCACCGAAAAGCCCGGCAAGGUUAAGACGAGAGAUAAUAUUUGAGCUUGACAUGGUUGAGUGGCGGCGCAAAAUGGCCGCCCGAAAGGGUUUUCCGUGGCUAAUGUCGCAACCGGCUUGUGCAACAAUCCGACUUUCACAAAGAGUCUAAAAUUGGUGGCCCAUAGAUGCGAGCUAGUGAACGUAGAUGGCCGUGACAGUGGAGCCCAGGUAUAAGCUGGUGGAAUGUGGAGGGGGCGAAGACAAGGUAACAACCUGUUGUGACGUCACAAGCCGGCCCCCCGCCCGUCUGUACAACCAAAGAGCAACAUUAGUCGAGUGAGUUGUUGCGCUGAUGUUGUUUCGACUUUCGUCCAAAUAAAUUAAUGACACGUGUGGUGAUUUGAACGGCCGGUGCGAGAUGAAACGCAGAUGGUCGGCGAGGGUCGCUCCAGAGGAGAGCAGCUCGGAGGUGACGUCGUCGUCGGCGCUGGUCAUGAGCCCCGCCAACUCGCUGGCGUCGACCGACAUCGGCGACGUCGACCUGGAGUUCUGGGACCUGGACCUGAACGCGCAGAACCACCCCCGCGGCCUCACCAUCAUCCAGAACGGCUACGGCCUCCCCGGCCACACCAUCAUCGCCAGCAACCACCAUCUAGCCAAGUCCGACACCAGCUCCGCAUCAGGACGCGAGGACCUGUCCCCGAGCAGCUUGAACGGCUACAGCGCUGACAGUUGCGACUCGAAGAAGAAAAAGGGCCCGACGCCGCGGCAGCAGGAGGAGCUGUGUCUGGUGUGCGGCGACAGGGCCUCCGGUUACCACUACAACGCCCUCACCUGCGAGGGCUGCAAGGGCUUCUUCCGGCGCAGCAUAACGAAGAACGCGGUGUAUCAAUGCAAAUACGGCAACAAUUGCGAGAUAGACAUGUAUAUGAGACGAAAGUGUCAGGAGUGUCGGUUGAAAAAGUGCCUCAGCGUCGGGAUGAGGCCGGAAUGUGUCGUGCCGGAAGUACAGUGCGCCGUCAAGCGAAAGGAGAAGAAAGCCCAAAAAGAGAAAGAUAAGCCGAAUAGCACUACGAACGGCUCGCCGGACGUCAUCAAGGUUGAACCAGAAGUAAGUAAUUGUAGAUCAGCAAGAGAUCUUCAAUUUCUUCAAUGUGCUUUCGCUUCGCAGUUGUCAGAUUCGGAAAAGACAUUGUGUAAUGGAAGUAAAGGAAUUUCGCCGGAGCAAGAGGAGCUCAUACAUCGACUGGUUUAUUUCCAGAAUGAGUACGAACAUCCGUCUGAGGAAGACGUUAAACGGAUCAUUAACCAGCCGAUGGAUGGCGAAGAUCAGUGUGAUGUUCGGUUUAGGCAUAUCACGGAAAUUACCAUCUUGACGGUGCAACUUAUCGUUGAGUUUGCCAAGCGGUUACCAGGCUUUGACAAACUCUUAAGGGAAGACCAGAUCGCUCUCUUGAAAGCAUGUUCCAGCGAAGUGAUGAUGUUCAGGAUGGCGCGCCGUUACGACGUACAAACGGAUUCCAUCCUCUUCGUAAACAACCAACCGUAUUCAAGAGACAGCUACAAUUUGGCUGGCAUGGGGGAAACCAUCGAAGAUCUCUUGCAUUUCUGCAGAACCAUGUAUUCGAUGAAGGUGGACAACGCCGAAUACGCCUUACUCACAGCCAUCGUAAUAUUCUCAGAGCGUCCGGCGCUGAUCGAGGGCUGGAAGGUGGAGAAGAUCCAGGAGAUCUACUUGGAGGCGCUGCGCGCGUACGUGGACAACCGGAGGAAGCCCAAGCCGGGCACGAUAUUCGCGAAACUCCUCUCAGUACUAACCGAAUUGCGGACGUUAGGCAACCAAAAUUCCGAGAUGUGCUUCUCGCUAAAACUGAAAAACAAGAAACUGCCGCCGUUCCUGGCGGAGAUCUGGGACGUCGACCUGAAGACAUAGUAGAGGUGACGUACCGACAGGUGGAUGUUUGCUGCUGUUUGGAGGGCGGAUUUCGAAUACGACUUAAUAAUGGCAGUGGAUCGGCUCACCACCGAAAGUUGGCUGUGAAAUAAUGUAAAUUUUUUUUAUUAAUUAAUUAUUAAACGAAUGUUGGACGGCA